ACAUCCUCCGAUCAGUCUCCGUCGGAUCGUUGCGUUGCGAGGUCUUGAAAAUUUCCGGGCUGGUUUCUUGUCGGUGUCCCAUGUCGGGAUUGAGGGGGUAAGAGGAGCACAUUUUUUUGUGGGUCAACAUACCUUGGUCCGCGAUCGGUCAGUUUGAGCGAGGGGAGCAAAACGAUUCAGGUGUGUGCUCCUGGAGUGCGAGCGCGGACGCAUGGUAGCUGAUUGGCCACAUGGCCUGCUGCAGGCGCCACACCGGUUUGUGACCUGGCCGGCUGCAACUGGGCGGCCAUCUUGGAUGUGUUUGCAGUGAGGUGCAUGCAAGGAUAGAUUUUGCAACGCAACGGUUUGGAUUGGAUUGACCGUGCCUUGAGGAAUUUCACGAAUUUCAUCACGCAUUGCGGGGAAUGGUCAGUGGAAGACGGAAGACAGACAAAAAAUACUUUCGAAUAAACAUGUCACCGAGUUGUGCGAUUUGGUGAAUGUUUAAAAUUGCGACCUCACACUCUUAGGGGAGUGUGUCACGGAAAAGCAGGAAGAAAAUCGCACGAAAAACAAUCGUUUGAAAAGUCGCGAAAAUCUUCGAACAUCUCAGAAAAGGUGAACCAUUUUCCACCGUACAAGUGCGUGUGCUGAUGAUGAUUUUCGGGAAGAGAGCGCUCGCGUGAAGUAAAGAUCAACUUCACUUAGACCAUUUAGGCUAAAAAUAGUCCAAAGAAGGGAUAUUUAUAGUUUAAAACAACACACGAACCAAAGUAGAGUCGUGGACGCGUGUUCGAACCUCCCUGGCUGGCCGUGGACUCCGUCGAGGCCUACUGAGGGAAAAUAAAAGGUGCGCACUGUGGGUAUCAAAUUUUCGGUUCUGCGGGAAAGUUACGUACCGAAAUAGUCCGAAAACCAAGCGAGAAACACAAAAAGAGAAAAAUCAUUGCGCCUCGCAUUACAUGCUGUGUUUUCGUUGAAGAGUUGAGUGGAAAUUUCGAGGAAAACAACAACAAAAGCUGGCUGCAAAUUGUGUCGCGUGAAAGGGGAAGAAAAAACACGCGGGUGGAAAACCAAAAUAAAACGCACAAAAUUUAAUCUCAGCCGGUUGAGGCGUAGAAGAACUCGCGUUGGCAGGCCUGGAGAACGUGUUUUGUGAUAUCGAACGGAGCCAGUAGAUCGUCGCGAUGGGUUUGGAGGGGGUCCAGCCGCGCUCGAAUGGGACCAACGGGCUGUACUCAUCGUCACUGCAGUGGUACUAUCUGCCCAACGUGGACCAUUCGAGCGAAUCGAUACAGCCCAAUUCCAAACUGUUUCCCGCGCUGUGGAGCCCUUUUCCAACGUCGCAGAGCUGCGACGAUUCCAUCUCACCCCUUGCCGAUAGUAUUACCGACCUUUGUGACCAGUUUACCGACCUCACGCUAUUCGGCCUGGGCCGGAACCAAACCCCGAACCAUUCUACGACCCAAGGUCAACUGCUCCAACAACAUCACCAUCACCCUCAUCAUCAGCAACAGCAGCAACCACAGCACAUCGCACAACCUCUGGCCAGUCCCAGAACCUGUAACGGGUAUUCCAACGGGCUGGAGUGCUUGAACGGGCUUGGGAAUGGUUGUAACGGGGCUGGAACUCGCUUGAAUGGGUCGCUUUUGGGCAGCGGAGGGUACACGGAUCAACACCAUCUUCAACAUCAACAUUCGCUGCUGGGGAUCAACGCCGGACAGCAGAACCAAAAGUACAGCAAAAUUCCUCCGGCUAACUAUUUGUGCCACUUGUGCUUCAAGAAGGGCCACUACAUUCGAGAUUGUCCGCAGGCUCGUCCCAAGGCCGAAGGCAAGACGCCGUAUCAGGGCAAGAAGCGUUGCUUCGGCGAGUACAAGUGUCCCAAGUGCAAACGGAAGUGGAUGUCGGGAAAUUCGUGGGCCAACCACGGCCAGGAGUGCAUCAAGUGCCACAUCAACGUGUAUCCGCACAAACAGGUUGCACUGCCCAGAGGGCUUGAAGUACGGAUACAUAACGAUUUAUUUCCACAAUUUCAGCGUCCCUUGGAGAAACCCGACGGCUUGGACGUUUCCGAUCAGUCCAAGGUCCAUCCGCAGCUGCUGUGUGAAAAGUGCAAAACACUUGGAUACUACUGCAGACGAAUCCAGUAGUUGUGAAGAUCAACAUUUCACUAAAUUGUGAGAAAAAGGGCCAAUUUAAAAAACAGUGUUGUGUUAUCCCUUUUAUGCUAGACUUUUCAAAGACCAUCAUUCUCAAACUCUUUUCCGCGAGCAUUGCUUGAAGUAAACGAAGCUAUAAUUUAUGUUUUAUUUCCCCAUUAUGUAUUCACGACAGUUCAUUUAAGCACAUGAUUUAGUGCAAUUUUAAUCCACGAGGAUAAGGAGAGGACGAAUGUGCCAUAUUAUAAUUUUCUUUUUAAAUCGAACGAAUAAGCUAAAAAACAAACUAAAAAAGUACGCCCAGCUGCCAGUUGAAAGAAAGCUAAUCUGUAUAUAGUAAUGUUCUAUCGUGUUCGUGAUUUUUUUUACCUUGUUUGUGCUAUAAACUCUAUCGAAACCAUUAUAUAUAAUCUUGAACUUUAGAAGGUUUUUUUACCGCUGAGCGAAAGAAGAAAGAAGAUUACAGAUUGUUACCGUACUACAAUACCAGCAAAGCAACUUUGUGAAACUAUGUGCCAAAGAAUAUCUUUAUUCAAAAACGAAACAAUAAAAUGCGAACCAAAUCGA